GCGAAUUAUAGUUGAUGCGAAGUUGUGCUUUAUAAUAGUGAAUGCUCUGGACGCUUCCUUGCAGUACUCCUGGAUUUUAGAAAUCUGCAUGCUACCACUUCGACGAUUUGCGUAUUCAGUUGCGAUUUCAAGCGCUUUCCGCAGGUUUAGCACCGCCAACAUGUCCUCAGCAACCAGCUUCUUCGACUUUGCGACCCCCGACAAGAAGGGCGAACCUUUCCCCCUCUCCUCCCUCCAAGGCAAGGUAAUCCUUGUCGUCAAUACCGCCUCCAAAUGCGGUUUCACCCCGCAACUUCAAGGCCUAGAGGCUCUCUACAAGAAGAUCUCCGCCGACCAUCCAGACAAAUUCACUGUUCUCGGUUUCCCCUGCAACCAAUUCGGUUCUCAGGACCCUGGCACCAACGAUGAAAUCCAGUCCUUCUGCCAGGUCAAUUACGGCGUGACGUUCCCCAUUCUCGGCAAAGUCGAUGUCAACGGCGAUAAAGCGGCACCGGUAUUUGAGUGGAUGAAGAAGGAAAUGCCUGGCCUUAUGGGCCUGAAGAGGGUCAAGUGGAACUUUGAAAAGUUCUUGAUCAGUGCAGACGGGAAGGUCGUUGGAAGGUGGACGAGUAUUACAAAGCCAGAGUCCUUGGAGGCGCCAAUCUUAAAGGAGAUCGAAAAGAUGGAGAAAGGAGGAAGGACUUCGCUGUAGGAUGAAAAAGAAAUACUCUGUAUGGAUUACUACAUGCAGGAUCAGCAGGGCUAUCUCCCCGCUACUGGUGCUACUGUAUCCCCACCUUUCGGACUGCAAAUUGUUAUGAUGGUGUUACAAUAAUAAGUUGGUUUUAUUCAAUGUCUUAAUGCUUCAUCCCAUCUUUUCCCCCCAUGUGAUAUCGCUAUACCCUAGGUAUGGUAUUCUGGCUAGGCAGCUCCCCUCCAUCGCGUUCCUACGACAAUUUAUCCUUAGCCAAAAUGACAUUUCGACAUUUCUAUC